AGCGGUGGACACGAGGCGAGAGGACCAGCAGCCGCUGUCAGGCCUCCCAGAGACUGCAGAGCCGUCGACCAAUCAUGAUGAGUAUAGAAGGUGAUGAUAAGCGGACUCGCACUCGGUCCAAGGGAAUCAGAGUUCCUAUUGAGCUCGUAGGACAAGAGCUGAGCUGCCCCACCCCUGGAUGCAAUGGCUCUGGCCAUAUCAGUGGGAGAUACUCACGACACAGAAGCGUUCUGGGUUGCCCCAUAGCCAGGAAGCGCCGCCUAGAGGAAGCGGAGGCCGAGCAGGAGCAAGAGCAGGAAACGGAGCGGCCCGCCUCCAAGAGGAAGUCCCACCCCCUGAAACUGGCCCUGGACGAGGGCUUCAGCGCAGAAAGCGACGCCAGCAGCGAGGCUGAGGGCGAGUUAGAAAAGGAUGGAGAGAAAGCAAGAGAGACCAAGGAGGAGGAGCGACAGGAGGAGAGAGAGGCAGCUGUAGAGGAGGAGAAAGAGGAAAUGACAGAAGACCUGAUGCAGGAUGGACGGACAAAUGGACAGGAAGUGGAGACACAGAGUCAGGAGGAGGAGGAGAAGACAGAAGAGGAAGACACAUAUCAGAAAGAGGAGAACACGUUUGCCGCUGAUGAAGGUGAUGAAUACUCUAUGUCUGAGUGUGUGAUCAUCGAGCCCGAGCUCAGAGCAGCGCCACCUGUACCCGAGGAGUCUCCUUCUCAGAGCGCUGAGGAGGUGGGCAACUCUCUCCUCCACCUGGGCCGAGUUUCCAACAACAAUGAUGCAACUGUGGCCAUUCAGCAGCCUGUUGCUAUGGAGACUGAGGAGGAUGUCAGUGUAGCAGCCAAAUGGGGUGAAGAAGUAAAGGACAAGCAGGAGGGGGACAUGAAUAAGGGGGGAGAGGAAGAGGAGGCAGCACACAGAGUUCAAGUAUUGGAAGAGUCAUCUGUUCUGCAGAAGGAAGCAGUUGAAGUGGAGGGAGCAGAGUUGGAGGAGGAGGAGGUGGAGGAUGAGCAUGAAGACAUUAGCCACCACGUGAGCCAGGAGAACCACCAGUAUCUGACCGAGGAUGAGGACAGAGAUGAAGAGGACCACAGGGACCAUGUUCUGCCCAUUUCUGAUGUGCCAACUGCCAUCCGCACCAUCACCAGCACCGCAGAAGCUCAGGGAACACACAUCAAGACUGAAGACCACAGGGCCGGGCCUCUGGAGGACUACAGCUCACACAGGGCAAGUCCCCUUGACAAAUGUGACUCUCAUAAACCUAGCCCACUUCAAAACUACAAGGCCAGCCCUCCUUUAAGCUACAGCUCCCACAGGGCCAGUCCACUGGAGGACUACUUUCCCAAUGCCAGAGUUGAGAACUAUAAAAUCCACAAAGCCUCGUCCUCAGCCUCUCCCGACAUCAUCGAGGUGCGAUCAGAUAGGUCAGAGGAGAAAGACUUUGACGAUGUGGACGGGGACGACGAGCGUGAUGACGAAGACAGCCUGUCUCAGCGCUCCACGGUGACUGACGAGUCAGAGAUGUUUGACAUGACCCGAGGGAAUCUGGGCCUGCUGGAGCAAGCCAUUGCCCUGAAGGCAGAGCAAGUGAAGCCAGCCGGGCCCAGGGAGCUGCUCCGUGCCCCGGAUAUCCACCACCAGCGAUACUUCACCAUGGAUGACAGGCCCAAACACCUGGACGUCCUACGCAAGAGCUACUUCAGCAAAGAGAGCAGCAGGCCAGAGAAGAGGGAGAUCAAGUGUCCCACUCCAGGGUGUGAUGGGACAGGUCACGUGACCGGCCUUUACCCCCACCACCGCAGCUUGUCAGGCUGUCCGCACAAGGACAGGAUCCCCCCGGAGAUUCUGGCCAUGCAUGAGAAUGUGCUGAAGUGUCCAACUCCUGGCUGCACCGGACAGGGCCAUGUUAACAGCAACCGUAACACACACCGCAGUCUUUCUGGAUGCCCCAUUGCUGCUGCAGAGAAGCUGUCCAAGAGCCACGAUAAGCAGCAUCUCCCUCAGCCAGGCGCAGAGCACCUGAAAGGAAGUCCCAACGAUAGAGUUUUAAGGCCCAUGUGCUUUGUGAAGCAGCUGGAGGUGCCCCAGUACGGCAGCUACAGGCCCAACAUGGCACCUGCCACGCCUCGCGCCAACCUGGCCAAGGAGCUGGAGAAGUACUCCAAGGUGUCCUUUGAUUAUGCAAGCUUUGACGCUCAAGUGUUCGGGAAGCGCAUGCUUGCUCCAAAGAUGCCCACCAGCGAAACCUCACCCAAAGCCUUCAAAACUAAGCCCUCGUUCCCCAAGUCAUCGUCGCCCAGCCUCAGUCUCCACGGUUACGGAAAGAGCUCCACCUUGGCCUAUGACUACUCCCAUGAUGCCGAGGCUGCUCACAUGGCUGCCACUGCCAUCCUCAACCUGUCCACACGUUGCUGGGAAAAACCAGAGAACCUCAGCACCAAACCCCAAAACAAGGAAAUGGACAUUGAGGUGGAUGAGAACGGCACCUUGGACCUGAGCAUGAAGAAGCCCUUUAAACGAGAGGGCAGUCUGUCCGCUACCAGUCCCGGGGUUCGCUCCCCAGACCCUUCCUCCUCCUCCUCUUCCUCGCUGCAUCACAGCGGAAGUAGCGGGAUGACAUCACCGAACCUGCCCACCUACAAGCAGGAGGACCUGGAGGGACCUCUGGAUUACACCAAACCCAACCGCCAAAGGGAAGAGGAAAUGGACGAGAUGGAGCACACCGGCCAGUCAUUUGUCUCAUCUGACCCAGAGGACUGUGACAUGAUGCAGGACUGUCUGGAGGAGAGGAAGUACCCCGGAGAGGUCACAACCCCAAACUUUAAGGUCAAGUUCCAGCCCAAGGACAGCAAGAAAGAGCUGCUCUCGUGUCCAACACCUGGCUGCGAUGGCAGCGGUCACAUCACUGGAAACUACGCAUCCCAUCGCAGUCUGUCUGGGUGUCCUCUCGCUGAUAAGAGCCUUCGGUCCCUCAUGGCGGCCCACACCCCUGAACUCAAAUGCCCCACUCCAGGAUGUGACGGCUCAGGUCACAUCACAGGAAACUACGCCUCCCACAGAAGUCUCUCUGGGUGCCCGCGUGCCAAGAAAAGUGGAAUUAAAACUCCUACCAAGGACAACCAGGAGGACUCCGAGCUUUUAAACAGAUGCCCGGUGCCAGGCUGCGACAGCCUGGGUCACAUCAGCGGGAAGUACGCCACGCACCGCAGCGCCUACGGGUGUCCGUUGGCGGCCCGCAGACAGAAGGAGGGUCUCCUGAAUGGCACACCCUUCAACUGGAAGGCCUUCAAGACAGAGGGGCCGACCUGCCCUACGCCAGGCUGCGACGGCUCCGGACACGCCAACGGAAGCUUCCUCACACACCGCAGCCUCUCAGGAUGCCCCAGAGCCUUGUAUGCCAAGAAGAAGGCCAAGUUCCCCACAGAGGACUACCUGAGCACCAAGUUCAGAGCCAGUGAUGUUUUGGACAAUGAUGAGGACAUCAAGCAACUCAACAAAGAGAUUAACGACCUCAACGAAUCCAACAACGAAAUGGAGGCUGACAUGGUUAACCUGCAGACUCAGAUCUCCUCCAUGGAGAAGAACCUGAAGAGCAUCGAGCACGAGAACAAGAUGAUAGAGGAGCAGAAUGAGGCUCUCUUCAUGGAGCUGUCUGGUCUCAGCCGCGCCCUGAUCCGCAGCCUGGCUAAUAUACGCCUGCCGCACAUGCAGGAGCCAAUCACCGAGCAGAACUUCGACAGCUAUGUGAGCACCCUGACCGACAUGUACACCAACAAGGACUGCUUCCAGAGCCCCGAGAACAAGGCUCUGCUGGAGAGCAUCAACAAGGCUGUGAAGGGCAUCAAAGUCCGAGGCUCCAUACACACACACACACACACACACAUGCACACACACACAUGCACACAAACACACACACACACACACACACACACAUGGAGAAAACGCAAACUGUCCUGAAGCGCAGGAGUGUGACGGAGGUGAAGAUGGAGGGACGGAGAGAUGAAAGAGAGAUGUUGAAAUACUCUACAAUAUAUUGAAAUAUGAUUCAAAAACAAAAAGGGAAUUCAGGUUAUUUAA